AAGAAAGCAUCAAAGCAAUCAAGUCCAACAAUAACUUGCAAUAAAAGUUGAGCCAAUUACCGUGUAUUUCUAGAAAAUUAUAUAAAUAUUUGCAAAAGCUAUGGGCAAUAAUAUAGACGUUAGAGGUAUGAGAUCCGUAAGCCUCCUACUUCAUCAAGAGCUCCACUUACAAACGGCGAAAACUUUUGGUGAUCAAAAUUGCAAAACUAGGACUGGUGUUUUCAUGGCUGGCAGUACAUGCGGUGCGCCUGGGAAGGUUGGCAUAUUUGCCGAAUUGAAAAAGGAGCGCGCCAAUUGGUCAGUGACGUUAUUGAGAGUUGUCAGAUUUGCCACUAUUCUAACUUUUGAGUUUGGUUGGGAGUUGUUCAAUGAUGGCACACACUUGGUGAGCUUGGAAUCAAAAACUUCGUUCGUAAAACCCGACGAUCGCACAAAAUUAAUUCGUGAAAGUUGUGGUGUUAGUUAUAAGCAUGCGCGUGGUAUUAACGCCGAUUUGGCCUUCUCUAAAGUAGGGGCAUUCAAUGCUUACACCCUUGAUGCGCAAGCCAAAGCCAGCAUCUGGAGCUCAUCUGAUAAUACCAACACUUUGGAUUUAACUGGCAGUGCGACGUAUCACGUAGAUGGUCCGCUUGCAGGUAAAAAAAGGUUCUCUGGCGGCUUAAAAUUUACGCAUCACUUUUAGAUUAAAAAGUUUCGAUUAUGAGAUUUUGUGUUUAGAAAUUUGUUGUAUAUUUUAAAGUUGUUAUAAAAUGUACCAACAUGUUUUUUAUUAA